AUGGGUCGUAAAAAAAGUAAACGAAAAGUACGAAAAAAUAUAAAACGAAUACAAGUAUUACCAACAGUUUUUGAUUGUCCAUUUUGUAAUCAUGAAAGUUCAUGUGAUGUAAAAUUUGAUCGAAAAAAACAACGUGCACAAAUUUUAUGUCGAAUUUGUUCAGAAACAUAUGAAACUGAUGUCAAUUAUUUAAGUGAACCAAUCGAUGUAUACAAUGCGUGGAUUGAUGCAUGUGAAGAAGCUAAUACAAAUUAA